AUGGCGACGAUGCUAGGACUGGCCACUGGUCUUCAGGUCAUGUUCGCGAUCGUGACGGCCGAUGGAACCGGGACCACAUCUGCCGGCUCCUGCUACAACAUGACGACGCACGCAGUGUCUUGCAACAUGGCGGAGGUCGACUGCUCGGCUCCGCACAUGUGGUACGGUCCCGGCUACGUCUCCCCGCGCAGUGGCUGCUGCCAUUGCGAGGCAUCCUGUGUGAACACAUCGGGGAACUGCACUUACUACGAUGCGGUGGAGGGCCCUCAGGACAGCUCCGCACCCAAGAACCGGAGCAUCACCCAAAGCUCGUCGAAGCUUCAAAUCGACAUGCCUCACAAGUUUAUGGCAUCUCCACAGAAUCUUGAAUCGAAUCGCAAGCCCUUGGAGAACUGGGGUUGCUAUGAGCAUUCCGCCCGCCAGUGCGAUUGUCUUGUGUCGGAAGCCGGGUGCACAGCCAAAGGUGCAGGCCACACAUGGACAUCUGGAUGCACUUCCUGUGCCUCACAAGGCUCUUGCUACGACAUGACAUCUCACAGCAUCAGCUGCGAUGUUCCCGAAACGUCGUGCUCGUCGCCGAACAUGUGGUACGCACCGGGCUAUGUCUCUCCGCGAAGUGGAUGCUGCCACUGCAGGGCGUCCUGCAGAGAACCGGCAGACAAUUGCACCUACAGCGAUGUGGUAGCGGCGGAGCUGGAGGAGAACUGGGGUUGCUAUGAGCAUGCUGCCCGCCAGUGCGAUUGUCUUGUGUCGGAAGCCGCGUGCACAGCCAAAGGUGCAGGCCACACAUGGACAUCUGGAUGCACUUCCUGUGCCUCACAAGGCUCUUGCUACGACAUGACAUCUCACGCGAUCAGCUGCGAUGUUCCCGAGACGUCGUGCUCGUCGCCGAACAUGUGGUAUGCACCGGGCUACGUCUCCCUGCGAAGCGGAUGCUGCCACUGCAGGGCGUCCUGCAAAGAGCCGGCGGACAACUGCACUUACAGCGAUGCGGUCGCGCCGGAGGACUGCCCACCGCCACAGAAGCACAAUUUCAAUGCCGAGAGAACUGGGGUUGCUAUGAGCAUGCCGCCCGCCAGUGCGAUUGUCUUGUGCUCUUGCUACGAUAUGACAUCUCACAGCAUCAGCUGCGAUGUUCCCGAAACAUCGUGCUCGUCGCCGAACAUGUGGUAUGCACCGGGCUACGUCUCCCCGCGAAGCGGAUGCUGCCACUGCAGGGCGUCCUGCAAAGAGCCGGCGGACAACUGCUCGUACAGUGAUGUGGAAGCGGAGACCCAGAGAGACUGGGGAUGCUAUGACUCGUCCACAAAUGCCUGCGAUUGCGACACGACUGAAGCGGAGUGUUCCGGGUCCUGGACGCAGUCUUGCCGCAGCUGCAACGGAGAGGUGCCAACUUCUUCUGCAGGUCGUCCCAGAGGUUUCGUCCUUGCCCUGCUUGUGUUCCUCUACGGCUUCUUCACAGCAGAAGCCAACACCGGCAGCGGCACAGGAUGCUACAACGUGGAGACUCACCAGUGCGACUGCACAGUCUCCGAAUCAACCUGCCAUGCUCGGGGAGGCACCUGGACUGACACGUGUCGAUCCUGCGAUUCCACCACCAACGAGCAGCAUCCCCAAUGCCAGAGGCAAUACUCUUGGGGUUGCUUUGACGAGGCCAGUCAUGCGUGCGAAUGCACCGUCUCCGAGAAAACCUGCGAAGCAGCGGCUGGCAAGACCUGGACUCAUGAGUGCUGGUCCUGCUGCCACGGCUCUUCUUGGGGCUGCUUCGUACCGGGGAAUGGCGCCGAGUCCGGCUGCCACUGCAACCUCCACGAGACAUCGUGCAGCCUGGAUUUCCCAGAUGCAACUUGGUCCCACCAAUGCUUCGACUGCGACGUGGAUGCAGAGACUUCUGCAGCGGGUCGUCCCACAGGUUUCGUCGUUGCCCUGCUGGUGCUCCUUUCUGGGUUCUUCAUGGCAGAUUCCAACACCGGCACGGGCACGGGAUGCUACGACACGGAGACUCAUCGAUGCGACUGCACCGUCACCGAAACGCAGUGCCUGGCUAGGCAAGGUCACUGGACUGACACGUGCCGAUCCUGCGAUGCCACCACCAACGAGCAGCAUCCCGAUUGCCAGAGGCAAUACUCUUGGGGUUGCUUUGACGAGGCCAGUCAUGCGUGCGAGUGCACGGUGUCCGAGCGGGCCUGCGACACGGCGGCGGGCAAAUCCUGGACCCAUGAGUGCUGGUCGUGCUGCCACGGCUCUGCUUGGGGCUGCUUCGUGCCGGGGAAUGGCCCAGAGUCCGGCUGCCACUGCAACCUCUACGAGGGCGCGUGCGCCCUUGACUUCCCUGACGCAACUUGGUCCCACCAGUGCUUCGAGUGCGAAGAGGAUGCGGUGCAGAAGGAUGUGGAGGCGGCUGUGGACGAUGGGGGCGUCGGGGUUGCUGUGGCUGUGUCCGUUUCGGUCACAGUCGUUGUGGUUGCUGCAUGCAUUGGCAUCUACUGCCUCUGGGCCAAGAUGAUUAAACCAAAGCCGGUGAACGAGCCGUACAACAGCCCGCAGUUCAAUCAGUCAGACGUGGUGGUGGGCUUGGCCGUUCCGGGAACGGCUCCAUCCUCUGCUGCAACUCCCAAAGAGGUUGCUUGA